AUGCCGCCGGUGGAAAUUCGCUUUGUUCUCAUCCCGGACUCCCGUCAUACCGACCCCAUCCUCGACGAGUGCAUUUUGGGCCAGCGCAGCUGCUGCGCGGACCUCCUCUGCGAGUACGAGGACGCCUUGAUGAAGUGCGGGGGCGAAGGGGAGGGGGGGGCCAGGGAUUUGGGCAAAAUCGUUGUUUUGCACUCCAAAGACGACGGCGAGAGGGCCAUAAACCACCCCUACCACUCCAUCCACGCCUAUCCGGACGCCAUUUUGCCCCUCGUCGUGCCGAUCGAGGAGCGUCCAUUGGUGAUGCGAUUGUGCUCGAUUAUUUGCCCAUUUUAG